GAUUGGACAGUGAUGGCGGUAUGCGAUUUAGGGGGGCGUGACAAAGAUGAGGCAGAGUGGGUGGUUUUGGUUGGUGUUCUUUUUCUGUGCUUGAAAUCUAACAAAGGAAUUUCCCGGCCGGCUGCGUGCAGUGGAGAAAGAACAGCGCAGCUCCAAUGGCGGCUCACACGGAAACAAAAUCUUCUGAAGGAAGAAAUAAAUAUGCCAUGAAUGGAACUGGAAGUUCUCCAGCACAAUGGGGUAGAGCCUGGAAAGUCGACUGGUUUUCUUUGGCAAGUGUCAUAUUUCUACUCCUGUUUGCCCCCUUCAUUGUGUAUUAUUUUAUAAUGGCAUGCAGUCAGUACAAUUGCUCUCUAACUAUGCCGGCCACUGAGCUGUUUAUGGGGAAAGCUGACCUCUUGGAUAUAUGGAACAAGACACCACCACUAACCUGGAAAGCUGCAACUAUUUAUACCUCUUGGGUAAUUUUCCAGGUAGUUUUGUUCAUGCUUCCUGACGUUUGCCAUAAGUUGAUUCCUUGCUUUCGAGGAGGAGUGCAAGAAGGUGCUGACACACCUGCUGGCAUUGUACUCAACUAUGAGAUCAAUGGUCUUCAAGCCUGGCUUAUCACACACGUGCUCUGGUUUGCAAAUGCUUACCACUUCCACUGGUUCUCACCCACCAUCAUUUUUGACAACUGGAUUCCACUCUUGUGGUGUGCAAAUAUCCUGGGUUAUUCAGUGUCCAUAUUUGUAAUGAUAAAAGCUUACUGUUUCCCCUCUAAUGCAGAAGACUGCAAAUUCACUGGUAACUUCUUCUACAACUUUAUGAUGGGAAUUGAAUUUAAUCCUCGUUUAGGAAAGUGGUUUGAUUUCAAACUGUUUUUCAAUGGUCGCCCUGGCAUUGUAGCAUGGACUCUUAUUAACCUCUCCUAUGCAGCUAAGCAACAAGAACUAUAUGGACAAGUAACUAACUCUAUGAUACUUCUUAAUGUCCUACAGGCUUUAUAUGUCGUUGACUUUUUCUGGAAUGAAGCUUGGUAUUUGAAAACUAUUGAUAUCAGCCAUGAUCAUUUCGGAUGGUAUCUGGGCUGGGGAGACUGUGUUUGGCUUCCUUACCUCUAUACUCUGCAGGGGUUGUACUUGGUCUAUCACCCUGUUCAGCUCGCCAUAGGUAAUGCAGUUGGGAUUCUUCUGCUGGGUCUGGUGGGCUACUAUAUAUUCAGAAUGACCAAUUAUCAGAAAGAUCUUUUCCGUCGCACUGAUGGCAACUGUAAAAUCUGGGGGAAGAAGCCUAAAUACAUUGAAUGCUCCUAUAUGUCAGCUGACGGAACCAAGCACUACAGUAAGUUGCUGACUUCAGGAUUCUGGGGAGUGGCCCGCCAUUUUAAUUAUACAGGAGACCUGAUGGGUUCUAUGGCAUACUGCCUGUGCUGUGGCUUUGAGCACAUUCUGCCUUAUUUCUACAUCAUCUACAUGACCAUUCUUCUGGUCCACCGCUGCAUCAGGGACGAACACCGAUGCUCUGGCAAAUAUGGCAAGGACUGGAAACAAUAUACUGAUGUAGUACCUUACCGCUUACUUCCAGGAUUUUUUUAAAUAGGUACCCUUCAAGCCCCUGUAUAAUAAACAAUCUCUCUGUUUUGGAGCAACUUCUGGAGAUUCAAAAAUGUGUGUCAUCAACAAUAAUGUUUGACCAUCUGGUGGGAUGUAAUCCAAAUCUGUUAAGAUCAUUGUGCCACUAAAAUGUUGUCUAUAACUUCUAGGGAUAUCUUAUAAAAGUGUUUAUUUCAUGCAGACAUUUUUCCCCAAACAAGUUUCAAAUUACAGAUUGAGGAAAUGUUGGCUAUAUUCUAAUUCAUAAUACCAUUUUGCUAUAGGGCACAAUCCACUGGGAACAUCUCUUGCUUCAGCUCCAUUGAAAGGAGUGGAAGCUGUGCUAGAGUUAAGCUGGCAUUUUUACCCAUUUCUGUCCCUUUCACUGUUUGAAUUCCUGGUGGUUUCUGUCAGUUAUGUUGCUGUUGGCUGGAGAGGAAUCUUCUUGAGCUAUAAAUGCUUAGGUUCACUUAGGUUCACAUAAAUGCUUGAGCUUCACUUAGGUUAGGGUUUAUAAUUUAGCUGAACUGGAGAUUCUGGAACAUUCAUUACAAAGGAAAUCUAAAUGCUUUCUUGAUAGGGAACUGCCUUCCAUUCUGCUUUAAAAUUGUAUGAUAGCUGGGUGGACAAAAUGUCUGUACCAGAUCUAUAUCCUACAAGCAAACAGUGACUAGGAUGAUUAAUUGCCAUUAACAACUUUUCACUUUCUAGAAAAUAAAUACUGUGAAGUUAAACAUUCUUUUGUAUGUUGGAAUACUGUCCUUAGACUUAUGUUUUCUAUCCUAGAUACUUCCUGCACUGCAUUUUUAUACACAGAAGUCCAUCCACAUGUAUUGGGAUUUGGUGAAACAUAUUUUAAAUGAGAAAAGCAGUGCCUAUGUACUUUUUUCUUAAUACAUUGGUAUGGCAUUCUCAAGUUAGAAAUUGUGUGUGUGUGUGUGUGUGUGUGUGUGUGUGUGUGUGUGUGUGUGUGAGAGAGAGAGAAAUAUAGCAGAAAACUGAACUUUUCACUGUUGCUGAAGACUUGCUUGUUCACUGCAAAAUAGAAACUGAAGGUUAGCUUAAGGGGGUAGCAGGCUGAUUGCUGCCUUAAACAUGUGUCUUUGUAUAGAGUACUGUGUGUGUUAGCUAACAAGUUUUAUAUAAUAUAUAUUGAGAGAGACCAUUAAAUAUCGAGUACAAAUAGUUUACCACAUUGGGGUCUAGACUCCCGGUUGAUCAGAAGCCAUCUAACAAAAGCUGCUUAUGCAGUCUUUACUCUUGAGUAUGGAACUUCAUCUUGGAGGAAGCUAGUUAGGAUCUAAUGGGCAUCAAAUACAAAUAUAAGUUAAAUGUCAGCUUCUCUCCCUGCCCGCUCCCCGCAAAUAUCUUUCCAUGGCUGGCUUUUGUUUUAGCUAAAACUAGAAUGUUUUGUAUUGAUUUUGAAACAGCAGUGCUGAAUGGAAACAAAUUCAAUGCACUGAACAUUGCUUAGUGGAGUCAAAGCAAACGGAAUGAUAAGGCAAGAGGGAGGGGAGGAGUGUAAUUUCAAUUCAUGGGAUUAUUAACCAGCUUGUAUAAUGUUAACCCAAUCAUUCUGUAAAAAUAAAACAGAUUGCUUUUA